GAAAUCUGGAACAGGAGCGUCUUUAGGUCGAUCAAUUAGUGUGGAUCCGGCCUCACCACGCCUCCAAGUCAUUCUAUUAGUCUAGAUCCGGCUAGCAAUUCUAGCUGGGACUCCCAGUUCUAGCUCCUUUUGUUUAGCGUGUCAGAGACUGGGAGAAGAUGAUUGGCACUCCCUGGCUCCUUUGGAUGUACAGCUGUCCAGAUCCCUAGAACAUACCCUCCAUUCUGACGAGUUAUCAGUGCAUAGGGUGCUUACUAGAUUCUUGCCAGCCAGUACAGUUCAAGCUACACACAGCACCGCUCAACUAUUCUCUACCCCAUUAUCUAGCUAAAUCUGGUCCAACUAGACAGCAGACACAGCUAGUUAAUUCAGUAAAGCCAGGGGUAGCCCUACUUCUACGGUUGUUCAGUACCCACGGUAACAAUUCCUCUGGGCUGGGCUAACUAGUUGAGCCACGCCUCCCAAUUCUCAAGGCUAGGUACAUGUCUCUGUCUAGCUGCUUCUUCAGCUUCUUGCUCAGUUUUGUGGCUUAGAGAAAGGCCAGCUACUCAGGGGGAAGAGUCCAGAUGAAAGUCUGGCAGCCAGGUGACGUCCAAACGGUCAGUUAUUCUUUCCACCAACUUUUUAAUCUAGUCUAGUCCUGCUUGCACUGCUACUACUACUGCUGCCUACUGCUGCUACUCUUCCUAGCUAGUCAAAGGUUUCUUUUUUUUUUUUUUUUUUUUUUAUAACUACAUAUGCACAAAGAGACAUCAAAGCUUACAUCAAAGGACACAGAUUUUUAGCCUACUUGACUGAUAAGGCGGUUACCUAGACUACAGUUUGUUUGUCAGGGAGGAGCUCACAUACAACUUCAUCUAAUUCAUCAUAACGAUUCCUUACCCAUUGUUGUAAUUUCUACAACAGAUUGCCAAGGAAAGAGAUAACGCUGUUUGUUUUUGCUUACUGUGGUGCUAAAUCGUUCGAAAAUCCGUGUUCGAAGUUCCAUUGUUUACUCUAUAUGUAUAUGUCUAGGGGCCCACCCGUACCCUAAUCGAAUCCAAGAUAGGAGGUACUAAGGCACUAGGCCUAUAUAUAUAGGUACAGGUAAGGUACGUACGUGUGUCCUUGCCAUGGCAAAGAAGAAUUGUAAACUGUGGUUGGCAUGUGUAGUAGUAAUAUUACUACUGAUUGUUCAAGGCUAUUUUGUGGCAAAGCUUCUGAGCUCCAAGAUUCCUAAUCGAGAAAGUUUGACAUUUGUACAGAAAUCGGACAUUUCCAAGAAAGACUACGAAAAAAUGGUCGGUGGAUUACCACAGAAAAAAGCAGCUUUACAACACCACCAUUUAAAAAGACACCACUUAAAUUUCUUAGCAGAGAAUCUAGAUAAUAAGGGUCCUGAGCCCUUAGUAGAAACAGAUGACACACUGACUCCACGACCUUUAACUGCUAACGAACAAGCUGGUAACAACAUACUUUUCACAUUGAGGACCACAAGGAAAUUCCAUGAGAAAAGACUGCCAGUUUUGUUUGAUACCUGGCUCACUACAGUCAACACCAGUAACGUAUUCCUGGUCACAGAUGGAGGAGAAGAUAAGAAAUGGAAAGGGAGAGCUGGACUCAAGUACAUCGAUGUUCCUUGCCGUGCAUCAUAUCAAAGAUAUGACCUUUGCUGCAAGGCUGGCACUGAGCUGUCCCUGAUGUUCAGAGAUGAGAACCUCCAUUAUGAUUGGUUAUGCCAUGUUGAUGACGAUAUUUACGUACUGUUGAAGUCUUUAGUUGAGCAGCUGUCAAAGUUCCGCCCAAGAGAAGAACCAAUUUACUUUGGACGCUCUGGAUCAGCUUGGACUAAACCCAGAGCUGUGAUACACGGGGCAAAGUACGGGAAGCCUGGACAAAAGUAUCACUUUGCUGUUGGUGGGAUGUAUUGUCUAAGUAGAGCCAUGCUGGAGCUCGCCGAGCCUUAUCUAGUAGGUGGGAAAGAGUUUGCAAAAUCUUGCAGCAAUACUCUAGAGCCAGAAGAUGUGACUGUGGGCGUAGUGGUAGGAGUGUUACUGAAUCAGAGUCUGUCAAGAACGGCGAUGAUAUACACCCACGGAUUGGAACUAUGGAAAGAGACAAAGAGGUUCCCAAAGGAGCUAGACAAAAAGAUUGCUUAUGCUUACGGCUGGGGUGCAGUUCAUUGGGGUGCGCCCGCACAAAUCAACCAUAUCGUUGUGCCUCAGGCCCUCUACUCUAUAAAAGAAGACCAAACACAAUUUUACUCUUUACACUGCUUUCUCCACCCAACACUGUCCACCUGUAUAAAAAAAGGCACAGGAUAAUGUUAAAUCACGAAAGACACCAAAAUAGUCUUGCUUUUAUUAUUAUUUUUGGACGAAUUUUGCCUCAUCAUUAAAUUAAUCAUCGAUUAUUUGUUUAUAAUUUUUAUAAAGACUAACAUAAUUAUAAUUGUAUUUGUAGUCCAUUGCUAUAUAUACAUGUAGCAACAA